UAAUUCAGUUUUAUUUGCCUAUCAAUUAUUGACGGAAACCGACUUUCAAGUGGGUAAUAUAAACUGGUAACUUGUCAUUGAAUUUUAGGUUCUGAAAUCUAAAUGAUUAAAUUCUGUUUUAUAACUAUUGCGUACUUUUACAUGCGCGUGUAUUUCCAGGAUUGAUGUGUUAUGUGAAACGCUUGAAUAUCAAAUUUUGAUAUAAAUGCAACAUCGCAAUUGUUUCGGAAUGUCGUGUCGGUUUAUAGACACUGCUUGACGACAAAAUUUCAAUUAAGAUUUUAAAAAAUUCAUUUUUAAAAAAUAAUGAAGUACAUUUUAAGUUGUGUUGGGCUUGCACUGUGUCUUGUGAAUCUUAUAUUUAGCGCAUGCGCGUUGACGAUAAAUCUAUGGCAAGUUUAUGAUGACUCAACAACGACAAUUAAAACAGGUUUAUUUGAAGUAUGCGUGGCAAAGCGCGGGAUUUCUGAAUCAUGCAGAGUCUUGGACGAUUUUGUUGAAGAUGAAAGACAAGCAGAUCUAAAGGUCGUGCGGUAUACAAUUUAUAUCGCAAUUGCAUUUCUAAUUAGUUCGUUCGUCUGUGCCGUCUUGAGUGUUACUACCAUGAAAAAUAAGAAAAGAUUUGGCUAUAUGGCAAGUUGUUUUGCUUUCUUCGCAGGUGUUUCCCUUUUCAUUGCCUUUGCCUAUUAUGCAUGGACGCUCCAUAAGCACGAAUAUGACUAUCACAUGACAUUUGGCUUGACGGUGAUUGGAUGGAUUUUUUCAUGGGCGGCAAGCGUUUUAUUUUUCAGUGAAAAGUAUCUUAUGAAAAAUUGACUACAUCAAAUAUAUGUGAUAGAAGUGUUGGAAUUGUUUGGCAAUAUGAACCCGGGAUAUUUGAGGAUUCAAUGACCCUUUAAAUCGGAAAUAAUCCAAUUCCGAAGUAAAUUAUAUGGAUAUUAAUACAUGUAUAUGGUACAGUGGUACUUUAAUAUGUACAUAUAACUUAAAACUACUAGCAUAACACUUAAAUCAAUGACAAGGUGUUAGGUACAUGCAUAUGUACAUGUUAUUUCAAGAAAAUAAAAUAAAAUCUUAAAUAAAAAAGAAUGCUUGGCCGAGGAGUCUAGUUUUGCAACGUCUCAAUUACAAUUCCACAGUUCUUUCUAAUCUGGCACCGGACCGUCAUCAAGAACUAUUUUAUCAUUAAAAACCGGUGCAUAAAUAAAUAAAAGUCAAUUACGGGAACUUACGGAAAAAACAUAAGUCUCAUGUCAAUAUUGCCAAGCAAUUUAUAUAGGAAAUAUAAUUGUUUUUGUUUUAUUUCAAAAAGCAUGCACGACAAUUAAAUACGACUCCUUACAUGUAUGAUGAUAAUUAUAUAGGACAUGCUCUAACACUUGCACCUUGUAUUGAAUAUCGAUGUUAUUCGUUAUGAUUAUUUUGUUGGGUUUUACGCGAGUUAUUUUUUGUCCUUGGUUUUACGUCGCAACAGCACUGUGAAUGUCUUAUGUUGACAAUGCUCCAGCUUUACUGGUUAAUGAAUAUCUCAGUUGCCCCUCCGUACAUAAUGUUAGGCAUGAGCGCGCACCUGAGUAGAACCACCAACAUUCACUAUAAUAUUAUGAUUUAUGAUAAAAAAAAAGUAAUCAAUAAUGACCUAUUUGUAUUAAACCGUCGUAGAAACCAACACUUUAACUGAUAAACAAAAUGAUAAUAACACAGUAAAAGCAAAUGUUAUGUUUCCAUUUCGUUAUUUUAUGUAAAUAGAAAUAUUUUAUAAUACAGCCAACAUACGUUUUGCAUAAUUCAACAGCUUUAAGGGAAUUUGUAGUGUUUAUGGCCGAUCAGUCGUGACAAUUUCUCAUUACAAUAAAGAUUAUUCAAUACCCUUAGGAAGGACGUAACUUAAAAAAUACUUAUCAACAUGUUUACAUCUCAAUGGGUGAAUGAAGUGUCAUUGCACUAGCCAGUAUUGUCAGACUUUUUGACAUAAUUAUGUACCGCAUUUUGUUUUGUAAAAAUCAUAUCAUAUUCGAAAGAUUGAGCUAUUAAAAUAA